CGGCAGUUACUGGAUAUAGAUUCCCCAAUUGGUACCACGCAUAACGUCUCGGGGAUUUCAAUGAUCAAUACACAGGUACACAUCUUAUAACCCUUCUGGAUCAAGGGGAAUUGGCUGUUUCACGGCAGUAUAUGCCGCUAUUCCCUGAUGUGUGAUCUGAUAUUGCUAUUUCAUUCACUCCAGUGCUGCCCGCAGGUUCGAUGACGUAGCAUUUACAAUAUGCGCCGACAUGCCAGCCAGAUAGACGACUACACAUUGGCUGAGUUCCAGGAGCUGCUGACCGAUUUGCGCUUCACAUCACUGAAGACCGCCAACCUGUCAACCAAUGUUGCAGUAGCGUUCCUGACGGGCAUCCCGAAGGUCAAACCCAAGGAGUCUGCAUUGGAUGCCACAACGUCGCCUAACGACUCUGAGACGUAUCCAUACCGCCCGUACAACUAUCGUGACCCGCAGGACCAGGACCAUAUAAUAGAGCUAGAAGAAGAUCGCAUAGACCAGCAGCUGGCAGACGAUGAAGGCGAAGCCGCAAGAAAGGCACAGGGUGAACGCGACCUGCGUAAUAUCGCCAUGGAGAAAGAGUCCCUGCCACUGCGCAUACGGGUGUCAUUCUGGUUUUCAAGGCUAUCACACAGCUUCAGGCGCUACUGCGAUAGGCAUUCAGAUAUGUUAAAGAAUAAGUCAGACCACUCCAUCGGUAUAGAGGAACGCGAGUCACAACCCAGGAAGAAGUUCUACAUCAGCUACGCUGAGUUGAUCAUCCCCAGCCAGGAUACCUACGACCCGAACUUCCUGGACGUACCUAUACUGUAUGCCUUACUCAAGUCCAGGACGUCAGGGUCCAUGGUGCUGCCCAUACCGGAGCAUCUGGAGAGUUAUGCAAACGCGGUACCGGAAAUAUCUAGCUUCGUUGAGCUCAAUGCGCGCUUCAGGGCCUCUAACGAAUGGCUGCACCCAACGCUGUCACUGACAAAGUUGAGUCGUAUAAAGCUAAUGUUGUACAUAGCGCCUCACUACGUCAUGCACCUGGACCCCUCGACGGUGUCCUCAGCGUGGAUCCUAUUCGAGAGAUUGGUGAUCAAGGGGGUUGUAACUAAGCAGAAUCGGAAGUUAUACGCCGCAACGUGCCUUAUACUCGCAUAUAAAUUCAACCAAGAUGGUGAUCAUGUUGUAAUCAACGAGAUAAUGGCGUAUUUGUGCAGAUAUCGCACUAUAACAGCCCGUGCGAUUUUCGCAGUGGAGAUGAAGGUGUUCCGAUACCUGGAGUUCUCCCUCAAGCAGAGCUACAUGGCCAUGCGCCGACAUGUACAGGACUACCUCGAGUUCAACCGGAUAACGUUCAUGGACCUCUAUGAAGCACCAGAGUCCACUUAUCUAGAACUUGAUAACCCAAGGCAUAAAACAUUUUAACACUAUCUAGAGUCUAGGUACAACCGUUGUUAGGGUUG